GGUACAGAAACAUGUGAGAAAAAGUCCAACCACAAUCGCGAGGGCCUCCAUACUUGUUUUCACAGUGCUCAUCCCGAGAAAGAUCUAGAGUCCAACCCAGUAUAAAAGAACAAGACUUUCUGCAAAAAUAUUUGAGGUAGGUGUUAACUUUUUCCCUCAAUUCUCUGAUGGCUGGAUUACAGAGAUCCACGACGUCGUUUCGGAGACAGGGUUCAUCAGGACUUGUAUGGGACGACAAAAUAUUGACAGCGUCAGGUGAAUUGAUUCAGCUGGGCCGUUUUCCUAAAGAAGAAAGUAGUACUAAAGCUGACAGAGAAGAAAAAGAAGAUCCAAUUAGAGGAGCAAAACCCAAAUUGGAGGUGUCGGUGUCUGUGAAUAAGGCUUCAUCAGAAACAGCUGGAUCCAUUGAAAGGAGCCGAUCUAACCGCGGGUUCCGAACUGGUAAGGUGUCGCCGGCAAUAGAGCCGCCGUCUCCUAAAGUAUCUGCAUGUGGAUUCUGUAGCGCCUUUGGAAAGAAUGAAAAAUCUAACCGACGACCCAAAUCCGGUAAGCGAAAGAUGUAAUAUUUCGGUGAAAAGGGAAUAUUACGGUCAGAAUUAAGUGGUUGGGUGUUGAGUUAUGUUCAUCAUCUCAAUAAGGAUGAGGUGUUAGAAUUUUGGAGCUAAAAGACAAUUGUGUACUUGUUUUAUGCUUUGGCUUUUUUUGUUUGUCAGAUUAUUGUUCUUUAGGUUCUGCAAAGGACAGUGUCGUAGCUGCCUUGCGUUUCUUGGUUGUGCAUAAGCUUUAGCCUCCUUUUUUUUUUUUAAAUUUUUUAUUUUUUAUUUUAGAUUUCUUCUUCUUCUUGAGCCGAUGUGAGUCAUUUCUCGUUGUACAAAGGAUAAAUCUGAAAUUGGGUCCAUCUCUUGCUUUUAUCUUGUGGCAUAUGAUUUGGGAAUAUCUCUUGCUUUAUUUUCUGGUACAAAAUAUGUUUAUUGUAUA